UAUAGUGACAUGUGUCUGGUUGUAUUAUUGACAGUGCUUGCUUACGCAAGUUCAACUCUUGGAGUACCUGAGUUGUUGGGAAGAUGUUCUGUGCGCGCGUGCACAGAGGCAGGCUGGGUGUGUGGGGCCCGGCGGGUGACAAAUGAUGGACUCGAGUAUGCCAGCUUCCGUGGGGUGCCCUAUGCUAAGCAGCCUAUAGGGGAACUUAGGUUUAAGGAGCUGGAACCGUUGGAGCCAUGGAGUUACUGGUACGACGCGACAGUUGAAGGCCCAAUCUGUCCACAACGCGACGUGUUGUACGGACGGCUAAUGCAACCGAGGGGCAUGAGCGAAUCCUGUAUCCACGCGAACAUUCAUGUACCACUCGACGCCUUGCCGGUCUACCAGAAACAGAUAACCAGUUUGGAGUCUCCGCAUCAGGCUGGCAUCGAUUCUGACGAGAACGUCACAGAGAGUGGACUGCCUGUGGUGGUGUUCAUCCAUGGAGGAGGAUUCGCGUUUGGGUCUGGUGAUAGCGACCUGCAUGGUCCUGAAUACUUGGUCGGCAAGCGGGUUAUUGUGAUAAGCUUUAAUUACAGAUUGAAUGUAUUCGGUUUCUUAUCCCUGAACACUACCAGCAUCCCUGGCAACAAUGGCCUCCGAGACAUGAUAACCCUGCUGCGGUGGGUGAAGACGAACGUGAAAUCUUUCGGUGGGAACCCCAACAACGUGACAUUGGCGGGACAGAGCGCGGGAGCCGCUAGCGCUCAUCUACUUUCAAUGUCCGAUGCGGCAAAAGGAUUGUUCAAUAGGGUAUGGUUAAUGAGUGGCGUGGGUUCAACAAACUUCUUCACAACUUCUCCAGCGUAUGCUCAGUUCGUGGCCAAUAUUCUGCUGGGAGUUUUGGGUAUCAACUCUACAGACCCCGAGGACGUACAUCAGCAACUAAUCAACACUCCAAUUGAUAAAAUCGUUGAAGCAAAUGCUUAUAUACUUGACUUAAUUGGCGCGACUACAUUCGUACCAGUUGUUGAAUCACCCCUACCAGGGGUGACCGCAAUUCUAACUGACGACCCAGAGAUCCUUGUAACUAAAGGUCAUGGAAAAGAUUAUCCCAUAGUUAUAGGAUUCACUGAUGUCGAAUGUGAAACAUUUAGACCUAGAUUUGAACAGGUAGACAUUAUAUCCCAGAUAAAAGUUACACCAACUUUGGUGGUUCCUCUACAAUUGAUUUACACAAUGCCUCCGAAUGUUGUACAAAGUGUAUCAGAUGCGAUCCAUGACCGAUAUUUCAACGGUACUGUAGAUAUGGACGGUUUCGUGAGAUUAUGUUCUGACAGUAAUUUCAUAUACCCUGCAAUCAAGUUAGCCACAACCAGAGCCGCUUUGGAUGGAGCUCCCGUGUUUCUCUACCAGUUUUCGUAUAACAACGACUACAGUGUCAUAAAACAAGGCCUUGAUAUAAGUUUUAAAGGUGCAGGGCACAUAGAAGAUUUGACUUACAUUUUCCGUUCUAAUUCAAUUUUAGGCAGAGAUAGCAUAUUUUCCAAAGAUUACCAAGAGCCUAUGAAGGAUUGGAUGACAAUGUUCUUUACGAACUUCGUAUAUUCGAGUCAGCCAUCAAAUAGCGGAUAUGGUGAUGACACGUGGCCAACAUUGAACAAUGGCGAACUGCGGUAUCAAAACAUAGUUACACCUGGUAUUUAUAACUACAAAAAUGCUACAGAAAAACAGCUAGCUAUGAAGAGGUUCUUCGAUUCUCUAGUGAAGAAUAACAAGAGAACGUGAAAGAGACAAUGACUACAAUAUGGAUUCAAAUUGAAAAGUUUGAUUCGGUAGAACAUUACACUGUUAUAAUUUAUAGGAUCAUAUGUAUAU